AUGAUCAAAUUAAAGAGUUUAAAAAUUUUACUUGUGGUGCUUUUCACUCUGCUGAAAUUCUGCUGUUGUGAGGAUUAUGGAUUUCAGUUGUUGUUCACGUCUAAUACAGAGGAAUUGGAGGAUACCGAAAUCAAAUUUGAGAGAAAACUGCCGAAAUGGUUAAAGGGUACUUUGCAGAUGUUAUUUGGUGUUCCAAUGGACCUUACUUCGAGUAUCAAAACUGUGACAAAGGAAUAUCAGACGAAUCUUGCUAUACUAACAAUUCUGUAUUUAAAUCCUGGUAUAGAGGUGAUAUUAAUAUAUUUAGGAACACGACAACUAUCUGCAGCCAUUAACUUCAACUGUGUACAACAAUCAUUAGCUGGUAUUCAACCAUAUCUAAACCAAGCCAAUUUUGGUGAAUUGGGUGUAAAUGCCACAUUUGAAGAAUGGAAAGAACAUCGCUGCAGGGAUUCUGUAAGAAAAGUCCUCUAUUUUUUAUACGCCCACAUGCACACACAGGAAAGUCAGUUAUGGGUGUGUGCGGGACUCGGAAUUAUUGAAAAAAUGCCCGGAAACAAGAUCAAUCUAUCUCGAGUAUUUCAGGAUCAUCCAUCCCAGGGCAUGUGGUGA